UUUCACACAAAAACUAUUUUACAGGAAAAAUAUAUUCUUCUCAUCUAAAAUAAUUAGAAAUAGAGGCCAAGACAGAGAAGUGAAAAGUCAAGCAUCGCUAGUCAACGUUUGAUAAACCUUCUUCUCUUCUCUCCUCUCCUCUCUCUUUCUCCUUCUUCAUUUCUUCUCUUUAUCACAUAUCUCUCUUUCUUCGUAAAGGUACCCUUCUUGGCAAUCUAUCUGGACUAAUCAUCUCUCAUGGCAGAGCGUUCGAAUGUUCCCAAGUUUGGAAACUGGGAAGGUGAGGAGAAUGUUCCUUACACAGCUUACUUUGAGAAAGCGCGUAAAGGACGAGCUCCAGGCGGUAGAGUAACGAACCCGAACGACCCGGAAUAUAACUCGGAUUCGCAGUCUCAAGCUCCUUCGAGAACCAAACCCGAGGAAGUUGUUGACCCGGUUAGAAAGUCGCGUGAAGUGACGAGAAGCCGAGAAGAGAGCGAGCUGAAGCAGUUUGGUGGUGGUAGUGGUGAUGGUAGUGGUUCAUCAAACGAGAAAAGACAAGGAAGGACUUCUCAGAACAAUAGCUACGAUAAGUCUCCGUUGCAUAAGAAUUCAUAUGAUGGCACUGGAAGAACAAAGCCCAAACCAAACCUUAGAGCUGACGAAAGCCCUGAAAAAGUGACGGUGGUGCCGAAAUUCGGUGAUUGGGAUGAGAAUAAUCCGGCGUCAGCGGAUGGAUACACACACAUUUUCAACAAAGUCCGCGAAGAGAGAAGCACUGGAGCUGCUAAUGUGAGUGGAUCUUCAAGAACGCCAACUCACCCGAACUCGCGUAAUAGCCCUUCUAGCAGUUCCAAAUGUUGCUGCUUUGGCUUUGGAGGAAAAUGAAUGGGAAAACGUUUGUUUCGGAACAAGGUGUGUAUAGUUAUCGAGAAAUCUGUGUGUGCUGUAAUCUUAAUGAUCAGACGGUUGAGUAAGUUUAGAUGGAAUAAGGCAUAUCAGUCACACUUACAUAAAACUUAUACUAUAGCUUUUGUAUCUAUGUUUUGUGAUUUUUCAUUUUACUUUUGGUGUUUUCGUUUUAAAUAUUCCUGCUUGCAGAUU